UGACACUUCGGACACCAUUUCCCAUAAUGCGUGGAUAAAUUACGUCCCGCGCAUGCGCUGUGGCCCAACGCGUGUGUCAAGCGUGAGCGAAGCAGAGAGCUGCAGUUAAUCCAAACGCAGAUAGACCAAACGCAUUAAAGGAUGGCUGAACAACAGGAAAUGUCUCCCCUGGAAAAGAAGGUGGCAGAACAGAUAGAGUAUUAUUUUGGAGACCAUAACCUUCCCCGAGACAGGUUUCUGAAAGAGCAGAUACAGUUGGAUGAUGGUUGGGUUACUCUGGAGACAAUGCUCAAGUUUAACAGGCUUAAAAGUUUGACCUUGGAAGCUGCGGUUAUCGUCGAGGCGCUGCAGAAAUCCAAAACCGGGCUGUUGGAGAUCAGCGAGGAUCGGACCAAGAUCAGACGGAGCCUAAGCAAACCUCUGCCCGAGUUCAAUGAGGAGUAUAAAGAUGCUCUUAAACACAAAUCCAUAUACAUGAAAGGCUUCCCUUUGGACACGACGCUGGAUGAAAUCAAAGACUGGCUCAACGAUAAAGGAAACGUGGAGAACAUUUACAUGAGGAAAGGUCCACAGAAAACUUUCAAAGGCUCCAUCUUCGCCACCUUGGAGUCAGAGGAGGCAGCUAAGACCUUCGUUGCCAGAGACGAUGUAAAACAGUUCAAAGGAAAUGACAUGAUUGUUCUCAUCAAAGACGACUACAUUACUAAGAAAUCGGAGGAGAGGAAGCAGGGUCGUGCAGAGGCUAAAGCCAAAGCCAGGAGUGAAAAAGAAGAGAAGCAGAAACAGGCUGAGAAGGAGGAGAUGAAAUCUCUGGAUGAGCAAAGAGGCUGCGUGCUGAAGUUCUCGGGUGAACUGGAUCAAGUAUCCCGAGAGGAUUUCCACAAGAUCUUCGCCGAGCACGCUCAGAUCAAAUGGAUCGACUUCACCAGAGGAUGCAAAGAGGGCACCAUCUUGUUCCGCUCGGACGCCAAGGUGGCCCUCGAGAAGGCUCUUGAAGCAGCCGGAGGCUCCGAGCUGAAAAUCAAAGAUCAAGCUGUGCAAUGGGAAGUGCUGGAGGGAGACGCCGAGCUGGAGACUCUGAAGAAGAUCAUUGAGAGCCAACAGGAAUCGCUCAACAAACGCAAAGGAGGAAGAGGAGGUCACCGGGGUCGCGGCCGAGGCCGGGGCGGCCGUAGAGACAGAGGAGGACAAGAGCAGACCCGAUUCCAGGGCAAGAAGACUAAAUUCGACAGUGAUGAAGAAGGGGAUGAUCGUGACGAGGAAGCAGAACCAGCCGCACCGAAGAAGCGAGCUCUGGAGUCAAAUGGCACAGACGCCGAAGCUCCGGCCUCCAAGCAAGCGAAAGAGGAGAACGGCUCCUAAACCCGGAGCCACAACGCUGCUUCCUUUCGCGCCGUACUGUAAAUAUUUCCCACAAUCAGAUAUCUCAGAAACGAUCUCGACUGUACCUGCUCACCUACAGCUUCCAGGCUUCAUGAAGACCUCGAUACCGGACCGAGCGCUCGCACCCGAAACUCUUAAUUUGUGUUCAAUUAUAUCGAAGGCGAAACGUGUAUCAUAUACGGUUUUGGAACGGAUUACUGCCACACAUCCUGCAUACUGCUUCCUGGAGCGUGAUCAGCCAAUCACAACGCUCCUCAUAUUCACACCAUGAAACCUUUUCCUGAUUUAUUAUCAAAAAAUAGCUGAAAUUCCACAGAUUUAUCUUCUAUUAUAGAACAGCUUGGCUCACGGCGCUUUAGAAGGAAUCUGGUUGCAAUCGGGUUUCGAUCUUUAACUCUUAACUUUCAAAUCUUCAUCUUUACCUGAAGGUAGUGGACAUUCAGGUGCUCAUGGAGAAGCUUUAAGGUCAAGGAUCAGAGCAUAAAAUCAGUAUAACAUGUCACUAACUGUCAUUGCAAGACCUCUGCAGGUGUCGAUGCUGGCCAAAUGAUUCUUUUGAGUAUGCUUAGAAUUGUUUAUUAUUUUAGCAUUUCUAAUGAUCAGGUUUAUGAUGAUUGGCUAAUUUGAAUGUCUUAAACCCCGCCCUCAUUUGCAUACAAUGUAAUAUCAGGAUAAAGUGGACACGCUGUUUUUGGAUUUCAGGUCCAUCCUUCGAUCACUGCGUAACCUACGGUUUAUAAUAUCGCGUUAUUGUGUUUAGAAAAUCGCUUAUUGGAUUCCUGUGGAUUCCUUGGUUCCUGUGAUGGGAUUCAGCCUACUGAAUGGAAUCUAUAAGCUCUGAUCAGUACUACACAUUGACGUCUCAAGAAGGGAAAGCAUUAGACCUUUCCCCGAUUGCGCUUGCUUCCAAGUUUCCUUCGCUUGGAUUCCGGUCUCAAUUUUUUUGCAUGUCAGCUGGGUAUCUUUUCACAUUACAAGUGAGAAACCGCUGGUAAAAUCGCCUAGAAGCCGUACGUCACUGCAAUUCGGGUUUUUAUUUCAUUUUCUGUCAAGCAGACCAGAAUAAACUUUUUUUUUAAACAUAUAAAAUAAUUUCGUUCUGACUGAAGACUCCCAGGUGCCAUUUUAAUUCAAUGGUUUAUUUAGUUUUUGUUGUUUUUGCUUUAUUCUGACACUGAGGAUUUCAACAUGAGGCACUCUGACAUUCUGUACUACAUUGUUUUUUUUUUUGUGUGAUGUGUUUAGCUCGUUU